CGCGACGCGCGCGGGGCGUGGCUCGUGCGGGGCAGUUGCAGCCUCUGCCGGGGCCCGAGAAGGGUUUGUGGAGUUGGAGCUCUGGGCAUGCGCAGAUCGCAGCGGGAAAGACCUUCAUUAACCCUCCCGUGCCCGGCCCGGGCUCCGCCCCCGCUGCGGAGCUGCAGCCUCCGGGGCUGCAGAAUGACGUCCAUGUUUCGCUCCAGCUCAUCCCAUCCUCCCAUGACACAGGGAAGAGAAGUGGCUCCAGAGGAGCCUGUUCAGAGGCCAGUGACCUUUGAGGAGGUGGCUGUGUAUUUCACCAGGGAAGAGUGGGCUCUGCUGGACCCUGUCCAAAGAGCUCUCUGCAGAGACGUCAUGCAGCAGAACUAUGAGAAUGUGACCUCACUGGAUGCCUGGGAUUCUGCCUCACAAUGUGUCCCUGAAGUCUCGGCCAAAUUGCCCCAGACAGGCAAACGCUCUGGGCUCCUGAAGCCUCUGCCCCCCACCUAGUGCCCUAUGGCUCAUCCCUGACCCUUGCUGCUGCUCCUUGCUACAGACUGUGAAAGGAGCAGAGGCAGCGCAGGAGCCUUCUGGGGAUGCAAAUCUGAGGCUUUGAGAGAGACACUGUCUGAGACAUCAGGGCGCUGUAAACCAUGCAGCCACUCCCUCAAUCAGGGGCCUGUUCCAGCCCUGAGUCUGGGCUACCGCGAUCCCUCCCCCAGAGCAGGGUGCCCACAGAUUACAGCCUGAAAAUAGGCAUGUGACACUAACUCCUGCUUUCCCUGACAGGGCCUCCCCUAGACCAAGUGGCAUCCCAGGCAAGAAGUGUCUUCAGUGCCCGCUCCCCAAUACAUUACACUUUGGAAUGCUUAUUUUUUAUUGCACUUGUAGCUCAGUUCAUGAUUUUGAUGCACAAUGUGGAUGCAUGAUUCUCUCUGUCAUAUCAGAUGAUAAAUUUGCAGGCUAGGAUCUGUAAACCUGUAUUUAUUCA